AUGGCGUCGCCACCAAGCACCCGAGCUACUCGUGGUCGAGGGCGGCCACGAAAUCAAGACGUUGAUGCGGUGGCUGCAUCCUGGAAUGACGAAGACGUGCGUGUGCUCUUCGAGCUCAGGUACAAAACGAUGGCCACGCGGUUUGAAGGCGCAAAGACCUCAAAGCAAGUCAACGAAGCCUGGUCGCUGGUAGCGAGUCAGCUGUGUGUCAACAGGGUGAAGGUGUUCACGACGACGCAGUGCCGAGCUAAGAUGGGAUAA